ACACAUCCGAUCCAACAACUUGGUUGCUCCUAUAUAUAAACCCAUAUUACUUCACACUUAAUUCACAACAAUCCUCAUACUUUCAACAACAUAACUUAUUACAGCAACACAUAAAUUGCCUCCUUUGUUUUUGCAUAGAUAUUACAUACAAAUGGCUCAAACAACUCCCAAUCAAAGGACUUUAUGGGCGGCUCAUGAUAUUACAUCUAUAUUGAUAUGACCAUAAAGUCCUUUAUAUGUUGUGAUUAUUUACCAAUGAAAUUAAUUGUAAUUUUAAUCAUGAUUAGGGAAAAUGGAGUGAAUGACGUGACAAUCAAAGUGUUGUACUGCGGAAUGUGCCACACCGAUCUCCACCAUGUUAGGAAUGAUUGGGGAAUCACCAUGUACCCUUGUGUUCCUGGGCAUGAAAUUACGGGAUUAAUUACAAAGGUUGGGAAGGACGUGACAAAGUUCAAGGUGGGAGACAAAGUUGGAGUUGGUUGUUUAGCAGCUUCGUGCUUGGAAUGUGAAUUUUGCAAGACUUCUCAGGAGAAUUACUGUGAUCAAAUUCAGUUCACUUACAAUGGUAUUUUUUGGGAUGGUAGCAUUACUUGUGGAGGAUACUCCAAAAUGAUGGUUGCGGACCAAAGGUAUGUGGUACGUGUACCGGAAAACCUGCCAAUGGAUGCUGCAGCACCAAUGUUGUGUGCUGGGAUCACGGUGUACUGCCCCAUGAAAGACAGCAAAUUGCUCGAACCAUCAGGCACUCCCAAGAAAGUCGGGAUCAUCGGGCUAGGUGGGUUAGGCCAUGUUGCCGUUAAGUUUGCUAAGGCGUUUGGACAUUAUGUCACCAUCAUUAGCACCUCACCUUCCAAAGAAAAAGAGGCCAAGCAACGACUUGGUGCUGAUGAUUUUAUUGAGAGCACUGACCCCUCACAAAUGAAGGCAAAAAAGAGGACUCUGGACUUCGUAUUGGAUACAGUAUCGGCUUACCAUUCACUAGGACCAUAUUUGGAGUUGUUGAAAGUUGAGGGAACACUUCACAUUGUGGGUGCGCCUGACAAGCCCAUGGACUUGCCAUCCUUCCCUCUCAUUUUUGAAUGAAGAGAAAACAUACUCCAAAUGAAAUGCAAAACAUUACUAGCUUCUUUGCUAAAAAGAAUCCUACUCCAACUUCUCUUCCACAUCCAACACAAAAUGAACAAACUAUAACUCCACCUCAAGAAAGUGAGCAACUUUCAUCUCCAUCUCAUUAUUCAACUCAAAAUUCCCCUCAAAAUGAACAAGGCCAAUGUUCUCCUAAUGCCCCAAUCUUUGGAGAAAGAUUAAGUGAACAUGAAUUUGCUAAUCUUCCACAAGAUCCAGGAAAGAGGAGAAAAAUGAGUCAAUUUCAUAAAGAUGAUAGAGAUUUAGUGAGAAGAAUUUACAUUCAAAGAAAGCCUUGUCAGCCCAAAGACUUUACAUUUCCUCAAACUUCUAUUUUUGGCAAAAAUCGUCGCUUUUGUGCUAAGUGAUUUGAUACUUGGACUUGGCUUGAGUAUAGUGUGGAAAAGGAUGCUGCCUAUUGUUUCCCUUGUUAUCUAUUCAAGGAUGAAAAUGCCUUUGGAGGUGAUGCUUUUGUUAGUGAU